GCGCCCCCGGCGCCCAUUUCCCCGACGGCGGCAGCGGCGCGGCGGAGCCAUGGCCGAGGACCAGCGGGACCUGCUCUCCACCUCCGACCGCGGCAGCGGCGUCGUGCACGUCGCCGAGCCCCAGAGAUCUGCAUUUGGCCGCAAAGCCGCCUUCUCCGUGCUCUCCAUCCUGGUGGCCCUGCUGAUCGCCGGCCAGGCUGUGACAGUCUACUUUGUCUACCAGCAGGGCGGGCAGAUCAGCAAGCUGAUCAAGACCUCACAGACCCUGCAACUGGAGUCACUGCAGAGGAAACUACCCCCAAGUGCCAAGCCCGUGAGCAAGAUGCGGAUGGCCAUGGUGAACAUGCCCCUGGCCAUGAUGGAUCUGCCACUUUCCUCCUCUUCAGACAAAACGCCUAUGGAGAUCAUGGGGCCCCUCAGCAACAAAACGGAGGACCAAGUGAAGCACCUGCUGCUGCAAGCAGACCCAAAGAAGACCUUCCCAGAGCUGAAGGACAGCCUGAUGACCAACCUGAAGCUCCUGAAGAAGACCAUGACUGAUGCAGAGUGGAAGUCCUUUGAAUCCUGGAUGCACAAGUGGCUGCUGUUUCAACUGGCCAAAAACCCCCAGAAGGAUGAGAAGUCAGCAAUCCCAGCAGAGAGAGUGCAAACUAAGUGCCAGGUGGAGGCCAAUUCUGGUGGUGUCCAUCUGGGUCACUUCCGCCCCAAGUGCGAUGAGAAUGGAGACUACCUUCCCAAGCAGUGCAAUGCCAGCACGGGCUACUGCUGGUGCUCCUACAAAAAUGGCACCAGGAUUGAGGGCACUGAGACUCGGAAAAAGCUGGAUUGCCCUGCUAUGCCCAGAGCUGUGGAGCAGGAGGAUGUGAUCUUCUCUGGGGUGGAUGUUUUCAAGCUGGAUGCAGAGAAAGAAACCAAGUAGAAGAGGAUGCCAGCAGAUGCCUUGUCCCAGCUUCAGCAUCUCCACUCAUGUUUUUGCUUUAUUAUUUCAUUUGUGCUUUUCUAUUGCUCUCCCAAAGACUAUUAAUAGUGGGCAAUCCUGAGCACUUCUGCUCAGGCAGCUAAUUCUGUUCCCCUACUGCAGGGCAUGGAAGUGGGUUGACUGUAUUUGUCUGCAGGUAGUCUCCUUGCUCUGUGCUAGCACAAGGGCAGGAGCGUUCCCUUUGCUAGAUACAAAAUGCUCCCUUAUAGGUAUAUCUGGUAGAGCACGCUGUACAACCUUCCACUGCAUCAGACCCCUAGUUCUUUUCCCCCUUUGCUAAUCUGGUACGAAUGCUGGGUAUGAGCUCUUGGGCAGCCUCAGCAUCACUUGAGGGGAGCCCAGGGGGCCCUGUUAGCUCUGCACUAUGGAGCCCCACUGACCCCUCUGCAUUCAGUGACUCCCAGCAGUUUCUCCACAAAGUGCCUUCUCUGCCCUCUCUUAAGGUUUGUGAGCAGGGCUCCACCCCAGAAUACCUCUCCUGUUUGUUUGGAGCUUUUUAGGAAGAUGCUGCUGGUGAGAACAGCUUUCCCAAUCAUGACCAGUCAGUCCUGUAGCACCCUGGCCACAGGCAAGCAGCAGCAGGGCCCAGGCAAGUGUAGGGAUCACCCAUACUGAAAAGAGAUCUAUGGUCCUACUGAACGGACAUUAAAAGACAGCAGCAAAACAGAUUCCACGAGCUUCUUAACCCUGUAGGUUGGAGACACACAUGUGACUACCAGGUAUGUUAGACUACUGAAGUGCUUUAUAAAAAAAAAAAAAAAAUCUGUAAGGAUAGAUGCUCACUUCUAGCGUUUCCCUUCAGUUCUGAGACCAGCCAAGCAGUGGGUAAUAGCCAAAACAGGAACUAAUGCUGGAAUUAGAGGGCUUUUAAUUUUUUUUUGAACAUAUCUUUCCUUUAUAAAUGAACUCACAAGCUAAUCAUUUCAAAUAAACUUUUAAAUAGAAAGCUUUAUAGCAA